AUGCCUCAGUCCCUGGUGCCUCAGUCCCUACAGCCUCAGUCCCUGGAGCCUCAGUCCCUGGAGCCUCAGUCCCUGGUGCCUCAGUCCCUGGUGCCUCAGUCCCUGGAGCCUCAGUCCCUGGUGCCUCAGUCCCUGGAGCCUCAGUCCCUGGUGCCUCAGUCCCUGGAGCCUCAGUCCCUGGAGCCUCAGUCCCUGGUGCCUCAGUCCCUGGUGCCUCAGUCCCUGGUGCCUCAGUCCCUGGUGCCUCAGUCCCUACAGCCUCAGUCCCUGGAGCCUCAGUCCCUGGUGCCUCAGUCCCUGGUGCCUCAGUCCCUGGAACCUCAGUCCCUGGAGCCUCAGUCCCUGGUGCCUCAGUCCCUGGUGCCUCAGUCCCUGGAGCCUCAGUCCCUGGUGCCUCAGUCCCUACAGCCUCAGUCCCUGGAGCCUCAGUCCCUGGAGCCUCAGUCCCUGGUGCCUCAGUCCCUGGUGCCUCAGUCCCUGGUGCCUCAGUCCCUGGUGCCUCAGUCCCUGGAGCCUCAGUCCCUGGUGCCUCAGUCCCUAGAGCAGCUCUUUUUGUCUCAUGGACACCUUAAGUAA